GAGCUGCGGGAGCAGAUGUCUGGGUAUAAGCGCAUGCGGCGGCAGCACCAGAAGCAGCUGAUCGCCCUGGAGAACAGGCUAAAGGCCGAGAUGGAUGAGCAUAGGCUCCGGCUGCAGAAGGAAUUAGAGACACACGCGAACAACACUUACAUUGAGCUGGAAAGACUGGCCAAACGCCACGCUGCUCAAACAGACAAAGAGAUGAAGUCAGUCGCAGCUGAAGAGAGGAGGAUCCAGCAACAGAUUGUCGCUCAGCAAAAGAAAGAGCUGACUACUUUCUUAGAGAAUCAGAAAAAGGAGUACCGACUUUGCAAAGACAAGAUCAAAGAAGAGAUGAGCGAGGACCCUUGCACACCCAAGGAGGAGAAGCAGGAGCGUCUGUCCAGGCACAAAGAAACAAUACAGCGCUCUCAGGCUGAGGAGGAAGCUCACCUGCUGGCCCAGCAGAGGCUGGUCUACGACCGGAGCUGCAGGGCCCUCAAACGCCGAAGUCUGGUCAGGAGGCACGAGUUCGAACAGGAGCAACUGAGAGAGGAGCUGAACAAAAAGAGGACCCAGAAGGAGAUGGAGCAUGCCCUGAUGAUCCGGCAGGACGAGUCCACCCAGGACAUGGAGCGCAGGCAGCUGCAGAUGCUGCAGAAGCUGCGUAUCGAGCUCAUGCGGCUGCAGCACCAGACGGAGCUCGAAAACCAGGAGGAGUACAAUGGCCGGCGGCAGAGGGAGCUACACAGGAAACACACUCUGGAGCAGCGGCAGCAGCCCAGAAACCUCAAGACACUGGAGAUGCAGAUCAAGAAACAGUUCCAGGACACUUGCAAGGUGCAGAACAAGCAGUACAAAGCUCUUAGGAACCAUCAGCUGGAGGUCUCUCCCAAAGGUGACCAUAAGACCAUCCUGAAGAGCCUGAAAGAGGAGCAGACACGCAAGCUAGCCAUACUGGCGGAGCAGUAUGAGCAGAGCAUCAACGAGAUGAUGGCUUCACAAGCGAUGCGAUUAGACGCGGAGCAGGAAACCGAGUGCCAAGCUCUGAAGCAGCAGCUGAAGCAGGAGAUGGAGCUCCUGGACGCCUACCAGAGAAAAACCAAGUCGCAGAUGGAGACCCAACACGAGCGAGAGCAGCAGAAACUUGAGCAGAAGGUCUCCAUACGCAGAGCGCACCUUGAACAGAAGAUCGAGGAGGAGCUGGCCGCACUGCAGAAGGAGCGUACCGAAAGGAUAAAGCACUUGCUGGAACGUCAGGACAGAGAAAUUAACACUUUUGACACAGAAAGUAGAAGCCUCGGCUUCGGAAGCCUGGGAUCUCUGGACUUCCCCAAAGAAGACAACAGAUGAAAGUGGAUUUAUCUUUCGAGGACAACAUAUCCGUGCCCUUUUCACGUCAACUCGGCCGCUCGUCACGUCCACGGUGACAAAGCUGGAUAACUUUCUCUACUGCUUUUCUUCUCUCUUAGAUAUUGCAUCUUUGACUCGAGGUGUUAACGUGCAAUGAGAACUUCUUUUGUGAAACUUGAAGGGGGAAAGUGAAACAAAAGAAUCUACAACAACAUGUCAAUAAAAAUCCAACCUAGUCAGUGUAACUCAAAACUUGUGUGUUGAAAAAUAACAGACUCUCUCCUCCAUGCCAUUUCCUCCUUUUGGUAUGAAUUGAAUAAAUCAGGAAAUUUUAGUAAAAUUGGCACUUUGAUAUGUUUAAGUAGAAACCCAUCAUGUUCGUAUGAUGCCUAAUGUGUGUGUUACAUGGAGGGACAUUGUGGAAUGUGAGCUGCGGACUCCCCC